GGAGACGCGGCCUGGGCGCCGCCGCCGCCGCCUCCGUGUCUGCCGCGGCCGGUGAGGGGUUGGGGGCGGCGGGGUUUCUCCCCGCGGUGCCGUCCCCGUUCCCUCAACCCCGUCCCCUCCUGUGGGCUCCGGGAAUGAAGCAGAGGUCAGCAAAGAGGGAAGCGGAGCGGGCGCUGCGGGCCGCGGGCACGCUCUGAUCUCAUUGCCGGGCCUCGCUGGAGGACCGCGGGCCGCCUCCUCGGCUCCCAGCCUGGAGCUGUCAGAUUGUCUGCAAAAAUUGGCUUCAUUUUGAUUUUCUGCUUCUAUACUUCAAAAAACACGUGGACACGUGGAGCCUGUGCUGAAGACAUCUGUAGGGUAACCUGGCUGCUUGAGCUUGAAGAUGGCAUCUUGCCUUUUUGAAUGCCUUUGUGAGGCAGACCUUGAAAAAUAUUAUCCUCAUUUUGCUGCCUUUGGUCUGCAGAAGAUUGAUGAGCUUGCCAAGAUUUCCAUGAAAGAUUAUACCAAACUGGGGGUCCACGACAUGAAUGAUCGCAAACGACUCUUUCAGCUCAUUAGAAUAAUCAAAAUUAUGCAAGAAGAGGAAGCUGUAAGAGAUGUAAGCAAGCAGGAUUUUCAACCAAGUGGCCUUUUCAUUCAACCUCAGGUGACCAGACCAGGUCCCCGCAGACAGCUGCGUUUUGAGUCCUUCUUUGAGGAGAACAAUGGCACAGUUAAAGAGUCAGAAUCAGAGUCAUAUGGUUCAUCUGAUUUCAAUGCCAACGAAGAGAAGAACAGUCUUAUGGACAUGCUCGAACACAUUCAACCACAUGAUUCAGACCUGACCAGAUUAACUGUAAGAGAUGUAAAUACUGCUGGAAUAUACACAAAAACUGAACUGAACUGUACAGCAGUUUCUGAUGAUAUUGCUCCUCUCCUGGGGGAUUCUGAAACUCCCAUCAUACAGAGAGUAACUCAUAUUUCAGGGUAUAAUUAUGGACUACCUCAUUCCUAUGUCAGAUCCAGUACUUCUGAGAAAGAGACCCCAUGGACAGAGAGUGAAAAAAUCAGAGUAUGUGUCCGAAAACGUCCCCUGGGCCAAAGAGAGGAGCGACGUGGAGAGGUUAAUAUCAUCACAGUGAAAGAUAAAGAGACCUUACUUCUUCAUGAGAAGAAGGAGGCAGUUGAUCUCACGCAAUAUAUUUUACAGCAUGUUUUUUACUUUGAUGAAGUCUUUGGGGAGUCAUGUACCAAUCAAGAUGUGUAUAUGAAGACAGCUCAUCCUUUGAUUCAGCAUGUUUUUAAUGGAGGCAAUGCAACCUGCUUUGCAUAUGGGCAGACGGGUGCUGGCAAGACGUACACAAUGAUAGGUACUCAGCGGAACCCAGGACUCUAUGCCUUGGCUGCCAAAGACAUCUUUAGACACCUGGAAGCAUCACCAUCAAGAAAGGAUCUCCUUGUUUUGAUCAGUUUUUAUGAGAUCUACUGUGGACAGCUUUAUGACCUGCUAAACGGAAGGAAGAGACUUUUUGCAAGGGAAGAUAGCAAGCAUGUUGUUCAAAUAGUUGGACUGCGGGAGGUCCAGGUGGACUCUGUAGACCUACUGUUGGAGGUGAUUUUAAAGGGAGGAAAGGAACGUAGCACAGGAGCUACCGGAGUCAACUCAGAUUCCUCUCGAUCUCAUGCUAUCAUCCAAAUCCAAAUUAAAGACACAGCCAACAGGACAUUUGGGAGGAUAUCAUUCAUUGACUUGGCUGGCAGUGAAAGGGCAGCUGAUGCCAGGGACUCAGAUCGACAAACAAAAAUGGAAGGAGCAGAAAUAAACCAAAGUCUUUUAGCACUAAAGGAAUGUAUUCGGGCCUUGGAUCAGGAGCACGCACAUACACCUUUCCGACAAAGCAAGUUAACUCAGGUGCUAAAGGAUUCUUUCAUUGGCAAUUCCAAGACCUGUAUGAUAGCCAAUGUAUCACCUAGCCACAUAGCUACAGAGCAUACCCUGAACACUUUACGAUAUGCUGACAGGGUCAAAGAGUUGAAGAAGGGGGUUAAAUGUUCUACACCUGUCACAAACAGACAUCGGACAGCUGGAAACGUAUCUCCAAAACGCAUCCAAAACUCUCCCUCUUUGCCACCUGGAGAAAAAAGCUCUCCAAAGAAGGUGAAGCUAGGCCUCCACCACCCUUCAGGUGCUACAAAAACAAAGGCGUGCCCUCCUCCAGCACUCCAGACACUUAGUGGCCCUUUGACCUCUACACCCAAGGGACUCAACAAAGGACAUUCCUACAAAGGAAAUUCCGGCUCGCUGUGGUUCCAUCACAGUAGUCCAAUUAAGGGAGUCCUACGGAUAGGACAUCACCUGAAGAAGAAAACCGAUGAUCUGUCUUCUUGCUCUGAGAAGAACCACACUGCAAAGGAUUUUAUCAUCAAAAAUGCUGCCACAGCAGAAACAAAAGAAAGUCUCCAAAGAGACAAAUAUAUGCAAGACAGAGCACCUGCCCAGUGCCUUAAAGUCCAGACCGUGCAACCUGUGCAGAAACAGUAUGUUUCUAGAGAUGAUUUUUCCCUUGGAGAUGGAAAUCUGCCUUCUGACAGCAGGCAAGAAUGGGGAAACACCUUUGCUAAACAGUAUGUUGAAGCCUGGACAAAUCUGUCUCCAUUUCAGAAAGAAAGGGAGGAGCAUUUACGCCUCUAUCACCAGCAAUUUCAGCAGCCACCUAUUCUACAGCAAAAACAGAGCUACCAACCCCUUGACAGGUUUUUGACACAAUACAAGCCCCAAGAGAUUCAAGUGAAGGAGGAGCUAAGUCCCACUGCCACUGAAGCACAGAGCAAAGAAGGGAUGCAGCUGGAGGAUCUCGAUGACAGUGAUUUCAGUGAAGAUUCUUUCUCACCUGUCUGCAGUCAAAAGAGUGUAAAAAGAAGAAACAGCAAUAAAUGCAGUCAGCAUUCUUUUUUCCUUCAUCAAAGAGAACAAGGAACUGAGGAAGAGCAAAAAGGCCAAAAGCGACAGGACUUAUUUUUUAAAUAUGCAAUACCCACACAAGAACAUGAAAUUGAUGACAGCUGGGAUUCUAGUGAGGGCAGACCAAAGAUGGAGGAAUCCAUUAAAAAUGUAGGUUGCAACAAAACUCCAUCUGACUGGAGCUAUGACUUAGCUAUUGGGUCGUCUUUGAGCAACACUGCAGAAAAGCCUUACUGCUUACAAGAUGAUCCUGCUUGUAACUGGAAUAACAGCAAAGACUUCCUAGCUGAUCAUAAGCAAUACAAAUCCAAACACGGAUGUCUGACUUACUCCACUGAAGACACCUCGACUCCAGAAAAGAGUCUUUCAAACCCAUACGUUUCUCCUAUAUUGAAAUUGGUACCUCCAGAAUGCAAACAGAUUCUCCUCCAGCAGGAGAAAGAGGAAUCCUCUUUGGAUGGACAGGAUGUUGAUACAGGAGAUAUUAAGUGGAAAACUCAAAAAAAUGAUGUUAGCCAUUGCAGAUCUUCCAGUUGCUCCUCAGAAUUCAGUUCUGAGCUAAUGGCUCCUCUCGCUCUAUCUCUUCUUGACUGUGAGGAAGGAACUGAUACAGAGAAUGUUUCUUCUAAACGAGUAAAGUCUCCUCACAUGAAACAGAUGUUGGGCAGGAAGGUGCACAGCUCCCAGUUAAGGUUUGAGGAGGAGACCUGGCAAUGCACCAGGAGUAGAGCUCUAACAGACAGCAUGCUGGAACUGAGGGAGCAAGCACACCGUGGUGCGAGACACUGCAUCCUGCAGCAUUCCCCACAAGCAGAGGACAAGUGGCUCUCACCCCCCUGGUGUGGUGAGAAGCCGUGCUGCUGCCUUCAGGGCCCAGGUUCAUCAAAUCAAGGAGUUCUUCACAGUUUUGUUGUUGGAAAUGACCUGACAGAAACAUCCACAGCUGAAUCCACAGAAGCCAGGGAAGAGAGAGAGGGUGCUUUGUUUCUCCUUGGCAAAAAGUGCGAAGAAUACUCAGAUGGCAGACAGUGUGAUGCUGAUGUUAAUGAGAACACUGGUAGUUCAGGAAAAUCUGACUCAAGUCAAAAACCAAAUGUUAAGUCUCAGAAAAUAAACACUGAGCUAACUGAGAAGAGCUAUUUUUCAGGUGCAUCAUGCUUUCUCACUGUGGGGAAUACAGAUUAUGCAGUCCAGUCCCCCCCUCAGGAAUGUGGCCUCUUGCAGCCCGUGUCAGGACUGAGAAACGAGGACUUCAGUUCUAAAGACUCGGCCAAGUCAUCGUUCAGCAGUGAGGAAAUAGGGUUGCUUAAGAGCAAACUGAUGCAGACUAUUUUUACCCAAGAGGCUUUUGCUGUAGAUUCAGGAUCUGCAACCAAAGUUACUAAGCUGUUAACAAAUGCAAACAGCCCAUCAGGCAGCAACUCCGGCUCUCCAACUGCUGUACCAGAGGUGGGAAAACUGCAUAAGGAGGCCCUAGAAAAGGCACAACAGGCGAUGAUUCGGGCCCAUCAGCAGCAGCUGGAUGAAAUGGCAUCCUUGUGCUUCAAGGAAGAACACUUGAUAAAUCAGAUGUCAGGAAUGGAUUUUCAGAAUUUCAUCAUUAAGCUCGAUGAAAUCUUGGUACUGAAGUCAAAGUGUAUCCAAACCAUGAGAGCCCAGCUUCAGCUCUAUUUAUCUGACUCUCCUAGUCCCGACACAUCCCUGCAAACAUCUCCACCAGUUUAGACCUUCCUUCCUUACAUAUGCACGACAACAGCAGAAGAACAAUUUUGGAACCAGCCAGCGUUUCACCGCAGCUGGUGCUGCAGGGUGUUGGUGGGUAGGGGAUAGCUUUUGGUUUGAUGUUUGUGAUUAGUGUGCAUUUUAGAUAAGGUUGGAGAGAAUUCUCAGUAAAUGAAAGGUGACUACUUGGCACCACAAGGUUUCUAUUUCUUUAACACCAAUAAACCACGUCCUUAAGAAUAACAUUCAGCAGCCUUUACAUGUCUCACCAAGCAGCAGGCAGUCCUGUACACAGUAUUUAUAGCUUCUUGUGUAAGAGGCACUUCUGUUCUGCCAUGAAAAUUAGAGAGUAAGGAAAAAAGCACAACAUUUGGAAGCCAGAUACAGGUACAAAUAGAAAUGUUCAAAAGCUGUCCAGAAAAGUGUUUGCAAACAGAAGUGAGGAAACAGAGAGAAGGCACUGCUAAAGUACACCAAAGUAACAAGUCCAAAAUUAAAUGAAAAUCAAGGCAGGACAAGAUGUACUGGUCCUUUCAGAAGGAUGAUUAUUUGAGCAUUUGUUCUUUGCUUGGGACUAAUGCUCCAGAACUUCUUGAAGUCACUUAAGUCAGAAGUAACAAGUGGUUGAGUAGAAGGCUUACAUACAUAGGACUUUAUGCUGCAGGUUCAUCUAGGACGUUACUAAGCACUUAGAUUUCAUACUGGUGCCAACAGUAAGGAUCCAAAAGCUUACUUUCUGCAUGCUAGCUCAGCCAGAGUGUGCAUAGUCUGGGCUGACAGUUGAUUUUUCACAUCAGAAGAGAGUCCAGGUAUAGGUGGUGGGAUUUAAGAGGCUAACAGUGCUGUUGUUACACAAAGCUGAUGUUUGAUUCAAGAACUACCAAACAAACAGUUGGAGGCCUGCAGGAUCCCUGCUGCUGUGUGUGUGCAUCAUGGCUGAAUCACACAAGCCCUCCUGCUGAAGCCACAAGUGACCCUGAAACAUGCUUAGGGUAAACAACAAUGUGCAAGUGCUCCCACUCCAAAAUGUGGGCUGCCACAACAUAAUUGGCCACCUCAGCAUUUCCUCAAUUAUGCCUGUAGUAGCUCAAAGUAUGCUCGGUAACAUAAAUGCCAAUGGUUAGGGAAACUGCUGUCUGACCAGCUGUGAAUGUUGCUGCCUUCUUAUGCAGCUACUCACAGGAGCCUGGGGUUUGCAAAGCAGCAGUUACAGCAAUAGCAGUUACACGGUUAUCUGGUAUUGCAUAUUUGGUGCAAGCAUUCCCAGGAACAUCACACAGCACAGCACUGGGGAACAGAAGUGCAAGGGAAGGUGUGACAACUGUAAUUGAGGAGGAAGGUCCUACAUUAGUGCCCUGAUCUUCUGGGAUCAGGGUAUAUGCAUGGAUUACUCUCCAUCUUGCAAGUGAGAAUGGAGCCCCUGCAGGGCCUGAGUUGCUGGCCUUCAGGCUGGUUCCAGUAUCCAGGUCUCAGGCAACCAGCAUGUCACACCUGAAAUGAGGUCUCCCAGUGUCAUUUUAAGAAGCCUUCCUUCGUCAGUGAAAUGAGGCAGUCAGGAGCAAGAUUCUUCAGUCUCAGUGUCUCAUAUUCUCCUGGAGACAGGGGUGGCUUUCCCAUACAUAAGGUGAGGAGAACACAUGGCAGCUAGGUAGUCCUUGCACCUUCUCAAAGUAAAAAUAGAUGCAAGCAAUUACAGUAGUUCCACCUGCCGUUUCUCAGCAAACACACAAAAUGAGGUAAUCACAGAGCUGCCUUACUUUUUGCAAAUAAGUUUGGAGCAGAGAAAAAUGUGGGAAUGCAGGUUGUGUCACAGGUCACAAGAAAAUAAGAGGUCCUGCCAGCAACACAGUGCUAGCUGGGUGGAAAGAGAGGGAAAACUUUCCCUCUGUGUACUUUGACACUUGGGACAUGAGGAUCAAUUGAGUGUCCUUUAACCCAGCAGGGAACUGCUUUUUAAAGACCAACUCAAUAAAAACAUGCUCAGUUUCUUAGCCAAGCUGGACAUUCAUAACAUGGCAAGUAAAUAACGGCUCUAAGUAAGAGCCAUUCACACAACAUGAUAGUGCUACCUCCUAACCUCAGUAUUUUCAGAGGUGGUUGUAACAAGACAGAUGAGUGGGGAAAAUUUCCACAAGCGAACGAAAGUUGGCAUUUUCUCCAUUAUCAAAACGGAGCCACCUGUGUGGCUGGUCUGCCCUGCAGAACAAGCAAGUCUGGCAAAUCUGAGCACCAGUAGAAGUCCUCAGAGCAGGAAGUACUUGUUCCCCAUAGAAACAGCCAGAAAUGCUAAAAAAAAAAAAUAUGUAGCAAUUAAAAGUCUUUUUAAAACUGAAGCCAUCUAGCUAACCCAUGAGAUUGAUAAUUAUAUUGAACCAGGUGCAAUCUAUGCACAGUUUAUAUUCCCCGCUGGACAUGAGACUCUACUAAAAUUAAAAAUUAAAAAAGCAGCCUUAACUGCAAAAACUCACUUCUCUUCAGCAGUAACAGAGCUGCUGCCAUGCUUGAAGUGCUGUGUGCCCGCGAGACACCAAAACUGGGCUCAUGGUUUGCAAAAGAAACUACCAAAGCUGUUACAGAAAAUGGUACCGUUCCUCUCUCCAUCCUUAGGGUUACUACCUGGAUGCUGCUUUAACCCAUGCGAGUGUGCUACCAGUGUGCCACCCCCUCCAGCUGUUUGAUACUGCACUGACACCUGAUAUGAAUGGUUUUCAUUUCAGCUUGAAGAAUGUAUGUGAUUUUUGUUGUUACAGCAGGUUGUGUGUUUUUUGCUAAGAUUUUGAGAGCCUGGCCCCAUACAAUCCAAUAAAUACUAAGUGGAAUCACUUUUGUAUGCAAGUGCAAGAAAGACUAUUAAUGCUCAUGGCAGAUGCUUGAUAUUUUAUUUGAAUAAUUUACAUCAUUUAAAAUAAAAUUCAGUUUACUACAGAAUUCUGGUAAAAUUUCUAAAGUAGACAUGAUCCAAAUGACUGUAAAAAUGUUUGAUUGUAAAAGAUCAUCUCAGCAGAGGCGAGCUGCCUGCCCAGCUGGCAGAGGGCAAGGACAGCUGCCCAGCCAGGCGUCACACAGAAAACCCACAUCAGAACCAGGAACCAACUCGCCUACUACAGCACAAGGACAACUUAACGGCGCAUGGUCAGCUCCAGGAGCGCCAGCAGGCAGCAUCACGGCAGCAGGGGCUCUGGUUCCAAGCACAAUCUGCAGUUUCGACUUCGUCUGCACAUUUCUCAUCGUGACACACAGAUUUCAGUAUUCAGCAGCAGCCAACACAAAAGGCAGAAGAACCUCUGACAAAGUUACAACACUGAAUGCCAUUUACCAGGCAUGUGAAUCAAUCCACUGAUCUCAGAGACCCAGCCUCACAACCUGGCACUUCCAGACUGAGCUUUGUUCUUAACAGUACCAGAAAACAUCUAUAUCUCAUUACAUUAUGCCCUUAUAUUCCCUAUCAGCCACCCCAGGAACACACUUCCAGCUUCAGUCACUCCAUGAUGCAAAAUCCAGAAAACUCACUACAGAUGCAAGGGCAACGUUGCAGGAAAACACCCAUAGGUUUUCCUCUUAGAUAACAAGACUUAAUAAGUAACAAGGGCUUUGUAAGUAUAAUUUUCCAUAUUUCACUACUACAGAUUGAGAUCUCCAUUCUCACUUUUAAAAACCACCUCUAUAAGCAAAGUGAUUAUUACAGUGUGGUUCCAGUGACUGAAAAAACACAUUAACCAGAGAGAUGACUUUAUUUAGAUGUUUGAUCUAAGUAGUUUGCUUCUUCAGUAGCAAUGGUUCUUGCCUGUUCAGGACUGUCUACUGCCAGACAGGAACCCGUUCAGAAUUAGAUGUGAGAAGCUAAACAAGCAACACAGCCAACUGCUCACAGCAGUAACAGUAAAGCACUUUUUUUGCUGCUUUCCAGCUUUUCUGACUUAUCAGCAACACUAUUUCCAUGUUUCAAACUAUCAUAUUUUGCAUCAGGGAAGCAGAGCUGGACACCCUUACCUGAACCCACAGUGGCAGCCCCAAACUAGAAGUUAGUUGUUGGCCCUUCAAGCUGGAAUGCCCUUCUUACACAACUUUUGAUCUCAGUCCCAUCGCUGGAAGCUGGUGAGGUGAGGCUCAGUGUUACAGCACACAGUGCACUGGAAGCAUGCACUGGUCCUGCUCAUCAUCUAUCCCCAGAUCUCCUAGAUGCUUGCCAGCUACAUUUCAACAUCAUUCUGUUUAAAAUAAAGGUAAUUAAUACCGUGCAUCUCAUAGGAGAAUUCCAGGACCUAACACUGACUCCAGAUGAGAUGUUUUAGAUGCAUUUUAAUAAAAUAAUGGAAACCAAUGCAAUCCCCUUCAGAGUCCUGAUGAACUAAAAAACUUUACUACUGAAAAAUAUGAGUUGAGGUAAGGAGCUGGGCUGUCCUCCCCUCCCAGAGUCCAAUACUCCCAGCUCCAUGUUCUAACAUGAGUUUUGAUCCCCAAGCUUGUGUUUUUGUUUUUUUUUUUUUUUUGUUAGUUUUUUUGUUAGGUUUUUUUUUUUUUUUUUUU